ACCAUGUAGUUUGACGUAUCACACAUCAGAAGGCUUUUGGCUAGAAACUUGUGUUUAUUUUCUUUAGCGGAGACCAAGUUAUUCUUGGUUCUAUCGUUAUUCUUGACAGGUACACAGUUGAAUAUAUAAGUCGCUGUGUAAUACCGAAGAAAGUCUAAAACUUGUUACAAAACGGUCCCUUGGACGAUAAAUACACUAGCGUUGGGGUUAGUAGUUAGCUAAUUCUGUAGCUAAUUAGCUAGCUAGCAACAACAAGGAAAGAUGGGGUCGAUUCUUAGUCGGAGAAUCGCUGGCGUUGAGGAUAUUGAUAUCCAGGCGAAUUCUGCAUACAGAUUUCCACCGAAAUCGGGGAAUUACUUUGCCAGCCAUUUUUUCAUGGGAGGGGAGAAAUUUGACACUCCCCAUCCAGAGGGUUACCUAUUUGGAGAAAACAUGGAUCUGAACUUCCUUGGAAAUAGGCCUGUACAAUUUCCGUACGUGACCCCGGCACCUCAUGAGCCUGUGAAGACCCUGAGAAGUCUGGUCAAUAUCAGAAAGGACUCCCUGCGCUUGGUCAGGUACAAAGAUGACACUGAUGCUCCAGUAGAGGAAGGAGGGAAGCCAAAGGUUCUGUAUGGUGUGGAGUUCACAUUUGACGCUGAUGCUCGUGUGGCUAUCACCCUGUAUUGCCAAGCUUUUGAGGAAUUCACCAAUGGGAUGGCAAUGUACAACCCAAAGGGCCCAGCCCUGGUUUCUGAGACUGUACACUAUAAGAGGGGUGUGAGCCAACAUUUCUCCCUGCCUUCUUUCAAAAUCGAUUUCACCGACUGGAAGGAGGAGGAUCUGAACUUUGACCUGGACCGGGGUGUCUUCCCCAUGGUGAUCCAAGCUGUAGUGGAUGAAGGGGAUGAUUGCUUCGGACAUGCACAUGUGCUGCUGGCAGCCUUUGAGAGACAUGUAGAUGGCAGUUUCUCCGUCAAGCCUCUGAAGCAGAAGCAAAUUGUGGAUCGUGUGAGCUACCUGCUGCAGGAGAUCUAUGGAAUUGAAAACAAAAACAACCAAGAGACCAAGCCGUUGGAGGAUGAGAACAGUGACAACAGCAAUGAGUGUGUUGUUUGUCUGUCAGACCUCCGAGACACCAUCAUUCUGCCCUGCAGACACCUGUGUCUCUGCAACUCCUGUGCUGACACCCUGCGUUACCAGGCCAAUAACUGUCCUAUCUGCAGACUGCCCUUCCGAGCCUUGCUGCAGAUCAGAGCUGUGAGGAAGAAGCCUGGGCCGCUGUCCCCUGUCUCUUUCAGCCCUGUACUGGCUCAGACCAUGGACCAUGAUGAGCACUCGAGCUCAGACUCGGUUCCCCCAGGCUUUGAGCCCAUCUCUCUGCUGGAGGCCCUGAACGGCCUGCACUCUGUGUCCCCCUCCAUCCCCCCGGCCCCCCUCUACGAUGAUAUUAACUUCUCUGGGAACCUGGUAGGGGAGGGCCGGCCGCUGGGCUCCCCAGAACACUCCGGUGACGGGGGCCUGCAGAAGGGCAAAGUCAGCAAGUCACCUGACAGCACCCUGAGGUCGCCCUCAUCACCUAUCCAGGAGGAGGAUGAGGAGAAGCUGUCUGAGAUGUCGGACGCCCAGCCUCACACACUGCUCUCCAGCAGCCCUGCUCCCACCGAGGCCACUGCAGCCGAGGAUGUACCGGAGUCCAUCUCCCCAGAUGAUGAGGACAGGCUGCACUCUGGAGGAGAGAGAGAGAUCCUUCAGGACUACAGAAGUGAACACCGCAGCCUGACCAAAACAGAGAGUGACCCGCCAGGGGACCUGUCUCUGCCAGCUCUAGGUCCUGAUGCCUGCUCUAUUGGUAUGGAGGAAUAAAUGUGGGUCAUCAGAGAGCCUGAAGAGUCAGAGUACCAACUGCUCCAGCCAGCCCCUCCUGUGUCCCCCCAGCAGCCUUCACAUGGAGGAUGAGCAACUUGACCCCUAAUCUCUGGGCCCAAUGGUUCUCCCUCUCUGGCUGAGUCCCAAUUCACUUUCUUGCAUGUAUUUAACAAUGGUGGAAACUCCCUCCAGUCAAUAAUUACACCAAUCCAAUGCUUUUAAAUCCAUGACGGGGAGUGUGAAAGUGCACAUUUAGCCUGGAUGGAAAAUUUGGACUUGGUCUCCUC